ACUUGCGCAGCAGUUCCGCUUCUCCCCGACGCAGCAACAAUUAACACGCCAGAACGGCAGAGAGAGAGGAGACGGUACAUACAAAAAAAAAAGAAGACUUCUUGCCACCAACCGCAUCCCUCUCCGCCGCCAGCGAUGGGGACGGGGUUCUUGUUUUGCCCAAAGUGGCACGGUGCGCUUUGGGUUUCGCUUCUGAUGAUGUUCUGCCUUUUUCACGCCGCCAAAGCAGAGAUAACUUGCAGGUCGUGCCAGCCUGGACAUAAGUGGCGCGCGCAGGAAUUACUGUUGAAAUUUGACAGAAGUGAAUCCUCGGCGGGGUCGACGGGAGAAGUUUCUGGACGCGGGGACGGCGCAUGGGGAGCCCGGGCUGCGAGCGGCGAAAGUCGGCGGCUCCGUUGCGCGGCUGCCGGGUCCUCUGAGUGCGCCCCGGAUCGGGCGGAUUACGCGGAGCCGAGGCUGAAACGGAAUACACGCGACCUGCGCGCAAACGGCGGCAUCGACGAGAGCGGCUACGCGAAGAUUAAAGUUUCAUACGCCAACGUGGGCGGUCAGCAGAGGGCCAGCGACGGUGCCAGUCCCCCCGCCGCCGCCGCCGCCCGACGCAAAGCGCGCACCGGGAGGAACAGCGCUGGUGAUGGACGCGUCGGAUCCCCCGGUGCAGCCCCGAGUCGGGACCCGGGGGAGGGCUCCAGCUCGGCGGCUGCACGCAGAGUGGCGCGCUCGGAAAUGCGCUGGAGCCGAGAGGAGCGGAGAGCCGGCGGUCCGAGGCAGGAGGAGCCAAAACUUAAUAGUUCUACGUUCGCCUUGACCGGGGACUCGUCUCACAACCAGGCCAUGGUGCACUGGUCCGGCCAGAACAGCAGUGUGAUCUUGAUGCUGACCAAACUAUUUGACUUCAACCUCAACAGCGUGACUGAGAGUUCAUUAUGGAGGUCAACCGACUACGGAGCAACGUACCAGAAGCUGAACGACAAAGUCGGAGCAAAGACGAUACUCAGUUACUUGUAUGUGAGCCCAAACAACAAGAGGAAGAUCAUGCUGCUCACCGAUCCGGAGGUGGAGAGCAGUCUACUGAUCAGCUCCGACGAAGGAGCAACCUACCAGAAGUACCGGCUCAACUUCUACAUCCUCAGCCUGCUCUUCCAUCCCGAGCAGGAGGACUGGAUUCUGGCCUACAGCCACGACCAAAAGCUCUACAGCUCCGUGGAGUUUGGAAGGAGGUGGCAGCUGGUGCACGAGAGAGUGGCCCCCAAUCGUUUCUACUGGUCGAAAAUGGGUUUGGACAAAGAGCCGGGCCUGAUUCACCUGGAAACCAGCAUCUCUGAAGGACAGGCGCUGUACGUCACCUGCAAGCUGCAGAACUGCACCGACGCCAACAAGGGCAAACCGUUCCCCGGCUACAUUGACCCCAAUUCUCUGGUGGUGCAAGAUGAGUAUGUGUUUGUCCAGGUAUCCACCGCGGGAAAGCCGAUCUACUACGUGUCUGCUAAAAGAGACGUCUUCACUCCGAUGAAGCUGCCCAAGUACACCCUGCCUAAGGACCUGCACGUGAUCAGCACGGACGAGAACCGCGUGGUGGCAGCCGUCCAGGAGUGGAACCAGAACGAAACCUACAACCUGUACGUGUCCGACACCUCUGGGGUCUACUACACCCUGGCUCUGGAGAAUGUCGUCAGCAGCAUGGGCCCCGAGGGCAACGUCAUGGUCGAUCUCUACGAGGUAGCGGGAAUAAAAGGGAUGUUCCUCGCCAACAAGAAGAUGGAUAACCAAGUGAAGACGCACAUCACCUACAACAGAGGCAGAGACUGGCGGCUGCUGCAGGCCCCGAGCAAAGACCUAAGGGGCAACAGCAUCCACUGUGUGCUACCGUACUGUUCGCUACAUCUCCAUCUCCACGUGUCGGCCAAUCCCUACACAUCUGGAAACAUAGACAGCAGGGAGUCGUCGCCGGGGAUCAUUGUCGCGUCAGGCUCGUUCGGCUCAGAGCUGACCGCCAGCAACGUCAGCGUGUACAUCACCUCGGACGCGGGGAACGCAUGGCGACAGGUCUUCGACGAGGAGUACGCGGUGCUCUAUCUCGACCAGGGAGGCGCCUUGGUCGCAAUACGACACACUCCGCUUCCCAUCCGACACCUAUGGUUGAGCUUCGACGAAGGACGGCAGUGGAGCAAGUACAGCUUCACCAACACGCCCCUGUUCGUGGACGGGGUGCUGGGGGAACCCGGGGAAGAGACUCUCAUCAUGACGAUAUUCGGUCACGUCAGUCAUCGCUCCGAGUGGCAGCUGGUGAAAAUCGACUACAGGUCCAUCUUCAACAGGCGGUGCACGGAGGCGGACUAUCAGACGUGGCACCUGCACAACCAGGGUGAGCCGUGCCUCAUGGGGGUGAAGAGGAUCUACCGGAGACUGAAGGCCACGUCCAGGUGCGUCAUGGGGAAGACGUACUCCGUGUCGAUGACGUCGGGCCCCUGUGAAUGCGCCGAGGCCGACUUUGAGUGUGAUUAUGGCUACGAGAGACGGACCAAUGGAAAGUGCAGCCCCGCCUUUUGGUUCCAUCCAUCAGCGAUGUCCAGGAGCUGCACCACGGGGAUGACUUUCCUCAACAGCACUGGCUACAGGAAAGUGGUCUCCAAUAACUGCACAGCUGGGGUCAGUGUGGAGUACACUGCCAGGAGGCAGCAGUGUCCCGUCCUAGCACCCAAAGGUCUCCACCUGGUCACCAGCGAGGGCACGCUGACAGCCACGUUAGGCGCCAAUGUCACCUUCCUGGUUUUUCUGGAAGAGGGCGACGGGGCGAGGACAAGCAUCACUCUGGACUUCGGAGACGGCCACGCUCUGACAUACUCCAACGUGAGCUCCAUCGAGGAGGGCAUCAAACACAUCUACAGAGCCGUGGGGAUCUACCGGGCGACGGCUACCGGGGAGAACAGCCUCGGUUCAGAGACCACCGUGCUGUACCUGCAUGUGACAUGUCAGCUGGAGUAUAUCCAUCUCUCGGCUCCCUUUGUGGCGGUGAGGAAUAAGGAAGUGAACCUGACCGCUGUUCUGUGGCCCAGCCAAGUGGGAACGGUCACCUACAUCUGGUGGAUCGGAAAUAACACGGAGCAGCCAGUUAUCACCCUAGAGGGAAGUGUAGCAUGCACGUUCUCCCGGGAAGGCAUCAACACAGUCACCGUGCAGGUGUCCGCGGGGAACACUAUUCUGCAGGACAGAAAAGCCAUCGCCGUCCACGAGUAUUUCCGAUCUCAUCUGCUCGCCUUUUCAUCAAACCUCGACGACCACAACCCCGAUGUCGCCGAAUGGAGGCUGGACGUGAGCCGAGUCAUCAAGAACUCUCUGAUCCAGGCUACAGGCGUGAGAGAGGAUCAGCUACUGGUCACCGUCCUGCCAGGUUUGCCCACCGCGGCAGAGUUUUUCCUCCUGCCUGACAAACUGCUAACCGAGGGGAAGCCAGAGAAGACCUCUGCUCAUUUAGAUCAGCUCUCUGAGGUUUUGCUGGGCGCCUUGAAUCAGAACCUUGUCCAGUUCACAUUGCGGCCAGGGGUCCAAGUCACCGUGUAUGCAGCACACCUAUCAGCAGCGCCCCUAGUGGACACCAGCGAGAACCACAGUGGCUCUGCCAUGCUCAUGCUGCUCUCGGUGGUGGUUGUGGGCUUAGCCGUCUUUGUCAUCUAUAAAUUCAAGAGGAAGAUCCCAGGCAUCAACGUCUAUGCGCAGAUGCAGAAUGAAAAAGAGCAAGAAAUGAUGAGUCCAGCGAAUCCAACAGAGGCAACGCCCGGCUCACAGCGGGACUUGGUGCAUUCUUUGGAGACUCUGGACACCGAGUUGAACUCACGGCCCAUCGAAGUAAAACGGUCCGGUCAGGGGAUGAGCGAGAACUAAACAAAAAUGAGCACAAUGGAAAGAUGUAUGAAACCUCAUGUACAUGUGAAAUUCUCCACAGAGCUCCCCACGUACAUCGUGUGAACUUUGGACUGGAUCACCACUCCAGCUGCAUCAAUACUUUUUUCUAUUUGUAUUUUUGUCUUUCUUUUUUUUCUGUUCACCAUUUGGGACACAAUGGUUUUGAGCUUUACACAUACCUGUGCAUGUUGGACUCUGCUGACACAUACUGUACUCUCAAACCAGAAGAGACUGUAUACAGGUUGUUUUUUGUUUUUUUUUACAUUUCUUUUAACAUUAUGUCUGACAACAUGAAACAUUUAAAACAUUACAUUUAUUCAAGUCAGACACAAUCCAGAGGGUGCGGCAGCAUGGACCAGCGAGGGAGGAAAUGUAAUCAGCCACAAUGUUUUAAUUUCGCCUAUAUACUGUAUCUGAGAUUGAUUUGCUGUUCCAAGAAGAAAUGUCAGUAGUGUAUAAUUUAUUCAUAUCAAUAUACUUUUAUGAAAUAUGUUAUGGAAGUGAACAAAACAUUUAUUUUGUGAAUCAUGAAUGUCAAUGUUAGAAAUUUGUGUAUUUUAAUAACAAAUGUCAUACUAAACAUAAAUACUGUUAUAAAAUAUGAAUAGGGUAUUUCAAAGCUUUUGGUCCGUUGUCUCUUGGAAAGCUGAUUUAUGGCACAAUACACAUUUUUUACUGAAAUAUUUCACCUUCUUUUUCUAAUUUUGAUUUUAUUAACAAAAAUACAGGGUUUGGUUUUCUGAAUUUAAUUUAACCUUUGCUGUUAAUCUAAUGCUACCUGGUACUAUUUAAGACACAUACCAGUUUGUAAAAAUGUUAAGUGCAUCAGAAUAAGAGAACACUUCGCGGAAGAGGCGCCAAACUGCACCUUCCUCCCACAACCGAUCCUCCGAGACAUCACCGGACGGUGCAACUUUCACGGCUGCACGGAGAAACGUGGAGGGAGUGGCGACCAGAGGUUCUGUCCCGCAGGGGAAACUGACUCCGAAGUCGUAGUCAGCUGCAAUCUCGACGGCGGCCAGCAUCGCAACGGGAGGCAGAGUACAAUUUAUCGAGGCGAAGAUUUGAGGUGGCAGUUGGAAUGAGAUACAACUACUCUGUGAGACAAUCCAAAGACCACAGCGGAGACGGAGAGACGCACACACAGAGAGAGAGAGAGAGGUUAAGAGAGAUGGAAGAGUGCUUUUGGGGGACGUGACACAUUAAGAGUGCGGCGCAUCGGGCAGAAUAAGAGGAGGUUCGACCUGUUGAAUACUUAAUGUGGCCAGUCAAGCUUAAGGCCGGCUAAGGUCGGUGACACAUUUAGGCUAAUGUCCCGAACCCCAACCCCCCCCCCCCGAGCAGCAGCCGUCUUCAUCCCAGCUCAUUAUAUCGUGCUGUAGGAGCAGGGGAAGUAGAGCGCAGAUGCUACCGCCACACAGAUGGUUGGCUUGUUCAGGGGACUGUCAAGCCCUGUGGUACUUUGUGUGCAAAAAUCCGACGGAUGAAAAACGCCUGAUUGAUGCCUUUCAAAUCUUCUGAGGCUACAUUUCCGGAUUUGUUUUCUCUCCUCUCUUUCUUCUGAGGAGAUCUGGAAAUACAAAGCGAGUGGUUUGGUUUUUUUGUGUCAGUUUUCAAUGAUAUUUUCUACAAUUGCUCAGUUGCAGAAAUCGCCCAAGAACAAAGACCUGCACGAGAGAAGGGGAAUGUAACUCUGGACAAUACAGAGCAGUGACGAUAAGACACUUAAAUGCAUCACAUGCAGCUACUUCAUUUUUUGCAUCGGUGAAGCUGCCAAAUAACAGAAGGACAGGAAGAUGAGAUUUGCCCCAAAAAUGAAGUUUUGUCUUUAGCAGCUGUGAGAGAAGAACAUCAUUAUAACUCUGGGAUUGUUUCUGAACACGUACACAUUGGAGGAAGCUAUAUGGUACGGAGUGUUGGCAGUGACAGUUGAGAACACAGUUGGAGGGGCUAUGGUAUGUUUGUUUUAUUAUUAUCCCAGCAGGACUUCACCACUCUGGAUUUGCUUUGUAGACAGAGGAAGCAGUACAGAUGGUGGCGUGUGCCAAUUCGAGACGUGAAUAUAAUAAAAGAAAAUUCAAGCUUGCUGCACAUGGAAGCUUGUGGCAAGAUAUCAUAUCUGUGUAUUCGCACGCGGAAACACAAAGCGCCUUGAACUGGCAGGUGUCUUUGUGUUGAGCAGUGUUAAUUCGCAGCUUAGUAAGUUAUUACAUCGACAUGAGACAAAGCAGGUCAUUUCUUUUAACUCUCAUCAACCAUGUGCUUCAGUUUCACAAAAAGGAAUCGGAAGGAUUGUAUGACUGGUGUGACUGCUGGUCGGCAGGUUCUUUUCUCCUUAAAAACACAUCUUUUUUGGCACCGGGUGAGUCACUGGGUUGCCUCUUCGAGUUUUUGAGUUGCAAGUGGGCGGCAGGCGUCAAGAUGUCGGGAGCGUACCGGUGUGUGGGCUCGCACGGAGCAGAACAGGUGCUUGUGUUUUGUACAGUACAUGACUUGAAGGUGUGUGUGUGUGUUGCACCGAGCGAGUGAGAUUUAGCGGGACACGCAAACAAUUUGGUCUGCUGCAGUGAUUUAAUAUCCUUUAGAUGAGCUGUGGCGAACGUGUUUGGGAAAAAAAGAAAGAAGAAGAAAGUGUUAACAUUUCAAAGCUGCAUGCAUUCAGCUUUCAUCUCCACGUCCAUUGUAGCUGUGCGUAUCCAUUUGAGGCUGCAGGGCUUGAUUUGCAAUCAGGUGUGAGGUGGUUUAUCUGAUCCCGUUGCAUGGUGUAUAAGGGUGAUUCAACUCGCUGCUGGUUGGAUCUUUUGUUGAUCGGCAACACCAGCGAAAAUGUCUCGCAGAUGUAGCAAUACAAUAAUGACCGGGUCCCCUAUAGAAAGUGACGAUGCGACGUCGUGCAACGGGAAGAUUUAGUUCACGUUUUGCAUUCGGAAAAAUGUUAAUCCCCACAUCUCUCUGCCUGGCUCAGAUUUGAAACAGCUCGAGGGGAGACGUGUAGUUCAGUACGCUGUAACCACAGACCUGCGGUCAAAAGCAGCACACUGCUAAUCCUAACCCUAACCCAAAGGGAGCAGAAAGCGUCUCCCGGCCAGAUCAGGAGGACUGUCGUGAAUGCAUGCAUCUUCCUCCCUCGAGGUUCCCUGGGAGGAGGACAGAUCAAACGGGCAGGAAGUCCCGCAACGUGAGGCGUCUCUGGCUUCCUGGCUGCGAUGAGCUGCGAUGUGACAGCACCCAAGGGUGUGGGAAACGUCGUCAAAUUGGAGGACUUGCUUUAAGCCACACUCUCUCCCUCUCUCCUUCUUAAUCUCCCCUCCCCGCAGGAUUAGCAAGAUUAUUAUUUUUGUAGGGAAAUAUUAAUAAUGAUAAUAAAAAAAGAGUUUUAUUACUGUACAGCUUUUGUAUGAGAACAGACGGUAAGGUGUUAGUGUUUUUUGUUUGACCUCAACUGUGCUGUGUGUAAUUGUUUUAUGCAUUUACAAUCAUAUUUAUUAAAUGGAAAGAAGUCUGUUAACUGUUCUCAUUUUCUUACAAUAUUUGUAAAGAAAUACUAUGUAUUUGCGUAAGUAAUAUUCAACCUAUAAA